GUGGCAGGUAUGUGGUCUGUAGCAGUGGUACUGGGUCAGGAUGGCUGGAGUGUUACAUACACCACUCAGAGUAUCUGUACCUUGAAGGGGUCAACAGUGGAUCUGUCCUGCUCUUACACAUAUCCCAGUGGUUAUAUCGUCACAUCAACCUUCUGGUUCACUAGAAAUGAUGCUGAGGAGAAUCCUGUUAGUCUGAGUGAUGAACCAGACUACAAAGGACGUGUGACGUAUCAUAAAGAUAAGAAGAACGACUGCACUCUGAGAAUCACAGACCUGAGAGAGAGAGACUCAGCUACGUACAAGUUCAGAUUCAUAACAGAUCAGACUGGAGGGAGAUUUACUGGCAACCCUGGAGUCACUCUGUCUGUCACAGAUCUGCAGGUGAAGGUGACUCCUUAUUCAGUUGUAUCAGCGUGGAAGACACUGACCUGCACCACCUGUGUUCUGACUGGUAACCCCACCUACACCUGGUACAAGAACGGACAGAUAGUAACUGACAACACUUCUCCCUAUUCAGUCUACCCUGAUGCUGCAGACAGCUACUCCUGUGCUGUAAAAUCCAAUGAGGAUCUCCACACUCCUGCAGUGUGUGUUCAGGAUCAGAGCUGCAACAGAGUGACUUAUAUUGACAAGAGUAUCUGUGCCUUGAAGGGGUCAUCAGUGGACAUAUCCUGUACUUAUUCCAGUUAUCAUCCGAUCAAAACAACAUUCUGGUUUAGAAGUGAUAAGUCGGCCCCUGAGGACCUAACCAGAGACCCAGAGUAUGCAGGUCGGGCCCUGGAGAGCCUUCCCUCCACCCUGAGAAUCAUGGAUCUGAGAGAGAGCGACUCAGCUGAGUAUAAAUUCAGAUUCAACACACAGAUCUCAGGAUGGGGGUACAGCUUCCCUGGAACAACUCUGUCUGUCACAGACCUGCAGGUGAAGGUGACUUCUGCUGCAGAGGGACAGAAGACACUGACCUGUAGCACCACCUGUACUCUGACUGACAACCCCACAUACAUCUGGUACAGGAACGGACAACGUCUAGAUGAGUCUACUUCCCUGCAAUACUCUGUCAAUAAUUCUUAUUCAGACAGUUACUCCUGUGCUGUAAAAAGCCAUGAGGAUGUCCAAGCUCCAGCAGUGUGUGUUCGGGAUGAGAGCUGUAUGAAUGUGACUUACACCCAUCAGAGUAUCUGUGCUUUGAAAGGGUCAACAGUGGACAUAUCGUGCUUUUACACACAUCCCAGUUGGCAUAACGUCACAGAAGUGUUCUGGUUCAGCAAAUGGGAGUCUGGUGUAACUAACGAUCUGAGCCAGGACCCAGAGUAUGCAGAUCGUGUGAAGUACCAUCGACAAACAGACAAGGACUCCACUCUAACAAUCACAGACCUGAGGGAAAGAGACUCAACUGAGUACAAGUUCAGAUUUAAAACAGUUCAUGCAGAAUGGGGAUAUACCUUCUCUGGAACAACUCUGUCUGUCACAGGUCUGCAGGUGGAGAUCACUCCUGCCACAGUGACUGAGGGACAGAGAGUGACACUGGCCUGUAGGACCGUCUGUACUCUGACUGAUAACCCCAACCCCUCCUACAUCUGGUACAAGUUAGGCCAGCGUCUCACCAACCAAAAUAACAGCCUGAUCCUCAACCCAGUCAGCAGUGAGGAUGCCGGCAGAUACUCCUGUGCUGUAGAAGGCUUUGAGGAUCUCCACUCACCUGAAGAGACUCUCACUGUCAAAUAUGGCCCAAAGAACACACUGGCAUCAAUCCAUCUCUCUGGUGAAAUAGUGGAGGGCAGUUCAGUGACUCUGACCUGCAUCAGUGAUGCCAACCCACCUGUGGACAAAUACACCUGGUACAAGAAGAUUGGAGCCCACUAUCAGUCUUUCUCCCAUGGGAACACAGAACUACAGCAUGUCUUCAGUCACAUCCAGUCAUCUGACACUGGGGAGUACUACUGUGAAGCCCGGAAUGAGAUGGGGACAGACAGGUCUGAGUCUAUCAACAUCGAUGUGAAAUACGGCCCAAAGAGCACCUCAGUGUCAGUCAGUCCCUCUGGUGACAUAGUGGAGGGCAGUUCAGUGACUCUGACCUGCAGCAGUGAUGCCAACCCACCUGUGCAGAGUUAUGCCUGGUACAAGAAUGGAAGUGUCUAUCAGAGUAUCUUCUAUGGGAACACAGAACCACAGCAGGUUUUCAGCCAAAUCAAGUCAUCUGACACUAGACAGUACUACUGCUGGGUCUCGAAUGGAAUUAGUACGGACAGGUCUCCAUCUUUAGACAUCGAUGUUAAAUAUGCCCCCAAAAGCACCUCAGUGUCAGUCAGUCCCUCUGGUGAAAUAGUGGAGGGCAGUUCAGUGACUCUGACCUGCAGCAGUGAUGCCAACCCACCUGUGGACAAAUACACCUGGUACAAGAAGAACGUAACCUCACCAAAAGCAUCAGGACAGAGUUACAGCAUCACUAACAUCAUCUCUGAGGACAGAGGAGAAUAUUACUGUGAGGCUGAGAAUAAAUAUGGACGUCUCACCUCUUCCCCUGUAUUUGUGGACGUCCAGUAUGACCCAAAGAACACCUCAGUGUCAGUCAGUCCCUCUGGUGAAAUAGUGGAGGGCAGUUCAGUGACUCUGACCUGCAGCAGUGAUGCCAACCCACCUGUGCAGAGUUACACCUGGUACAAGACGAUUGGCUAUCAGUCUGUCUCCUACGGGAACACAGAAUCACAGCAAGUCUUCAACCAAAUCAAGUCAUCUGCCACUGGAGAGUACUACUGUGAGGCCUGGAAUGGGAUUAAAACAGGGAGGUCUGAGUCAAUCAACAUCGAUGUGAAAUAUGGUCCAAGGAACACCUCAGUGUCAGUCAGUCCCUCUGGUGAAAUAGUGGAGGGCAGUUCAGUGACUCUGACCUGCAGCAGUGAUGCCAACCCACCUGUGGACAAAUACACCUGGUACAAGAAGACCGUAACCUCACCAAAAGCAUCAGGACAGAGUUACAGCAUCACUAACAUCAUCUCUGAGGACAGAGGAGAAUAUUACUGUGAAGCUGAGAAUAAAUAUGGACGUCUCACCUCUUCCCCUGUAUUUGUGGACGUCCAGUAUGGCCCAAAGAACACCUCAGUGUCAGUCAGUCCCUCUGGUGAAAUAGUGGAGGGCAGUUCAGUGACUCUGACCUGCAGCAGUGAUGCCAACCCACUUGUUAAGCGUUAUACCUGGUACAAGAAGAUUGGCUAUCAGUCUGUCUCCUACGGGAACACAGAACCACAGCAAGUCUUCAACCAAAUCAAGUCAUCUGCCACUGGAGAGUACUACUGUGAGGCCUGGAAUGGGAUGAAGACAGGGAGGUCUGAGUCAAUCAACAUCGAUGUGAAAUAUGGCCCAAAGAACAUCUCAGUGUCAGUCAGUCCCUCUGGUGGAAUAGUGGAGGGCAGUUCAGUGACUCUGACCUGCAGCAGUGAUGCCAACCCACCUGUCCAGAGUUACACCUGGUGGUACAAGAAGAAUGGAGGUGACAAUCAGAGUAUGACAGGACCACAGCAUGUCUUCAACCAAAUCCAGUCAUCUGACACUGGAGAGUACUACUGUGAGGCCUGGAAUGGGAUGAAGACAGGGAGGUCUGAGUAUAUCGACAUUGAUGUGAAAUACGGUCCAAAGAACACCUCAGUGUCAGUCAGUCCCUCUGGUGGAAUAGUGGAGGGCAGUUCAGUGACUCUGACCUGCAGCAGUGAUGCCAACCCACCUGUGCAGAUUUACAUCUGGUACAAGACGAAUGGAGCUGAAACCUCAAUGAGACAUUCUGGAUGGAGUUACAGGAUCACUAACAUCAUCCCUGAGGACAGAGGAGAAUACUACUGUUUGGCAGUGAAUGAAGUUGGUAAACCAAAGACCACCUCCGUGUCAGUCAGUCCCUCUGGUGAAAUAGUGGAGGGCAGUUCAGUGACUCUGACCUGCAGCAGUGAUGCCAACCCACCUGUGGACAAAUACACCUGGUACAAGAAGAAUGGAGUUUCACUGAAAGGAUCUGAAAACACCUUCCUCAUCACCAACAUUAACUCUGAGGACAGUGGAGAAUACUACUGUGAGGCUGAGAAUGAAUAUGGAGGUCUCAACUCUUCUACAAUUUCUGUAGAUGUUCAGUACGGCCCAAAGAACACCUCAGUGUCAGUCAGUCCCUCUGGUGAAAUAGUGGAGGGCAGUUCAGUGACUCUGACCUGCAGCAGUGAUGCCAACCCACCUGUGCAGAAUUACACCUGGUACAAGAAGAAUGACGGCAUCCAAAUCCAGCUCAAUAGAAACCAGAGACACAGCAGACGAGGACAGGGAGACUCUACUCUCCUUUAUGACAACAUGGCCAUGCAGCAGAGACAGCAGUCACCGUCGAGUCAGGAUGGCGUUCCCCACACCAGCGUCCGUCUCUCCCUCCAAAAACCAGGAAGAGCUUUGUGCUCCAUCGUCCAACUGCCUCAACCCCAGAAACAGGACAGAGAUGUCCAGUACACUGCUGUGAAAUUCAACCCCCAGUGUACCACCCG